AUGGAAGGAUUGGAUGGUUUGAUAGAGAGGCUUUUGGAAGUGAGGAAGAACAGGGGGAAACGGAUUCAGCUGUUGGAGCCUGAAAUUCGGAACCUUUGCAGCACGGCGAAAGAUCUGUUCCUGGGACAGCCAAACCUUUUGGAAUUGGAAGCUCCCAUUAACGUUUGUGGAGACAUACACGGGCAAUAUCCAGAUCUGUUGCGAGUGUUCGAGUACGGGGGGUUUCCUCCGGAUUCCAAUUACCUCUUCCUGGGGGACUACGUUGACAGAGGAAAACAGAGCGUUGAAACAAUAUGCCUGCUCCUGGCCUACAAGAUCAAAUUCCCAGAAAACUUUUUCCUUCUCCGAGGAAAUCACGAAUGUGCCUCCAUUAACAGAAUCUACGGCUUCUACGACGAGUGUAAGCGCAGAUUCAGCGUUCGCCUCUGGAAGAUAUUCACAGACUGCUUCAACUGUCUGCCUGUGGCCGCGCUCAUUGAUGACAAGAUCCUCUGCAUGCACGGCGGGCUUUCCCCGGACAUGGAGAGCCUCGACCAGAUCAAAGCCAUUGAAAGGCCCGUCGACGUCCCCGACCAGGGCCUCUUGUGUGACCUCCUUUGGGCCGAUCCUGACACCGACAUCAGAGGCUGGGGCGAGAAUGACAGGGGCGUCUCCUACACCUUCGGCCCCGAUAAGGUCGCCGAGUUCUUGAAGAAACACGAUCUCGAUCUCAUUUGCAGGGCUCACCAGGUGGUCGAAGAUGGCUACCAAUUCUUCGCUGACAGGCAGCUCGUCACCAUCUUUUCAGCUCCAAACUACUGCGGAGAGUUCAACAACGCCGGCGCUCUCAUGUGCGUCGACGAAACUUUACUCUGUUCCUUUCAGAUCAUCAAACCCUUGGGCUUGAGAACAAAAAUCACAUAA